AUUCUCAGCAGUUGGAGUUCAUAACAGCCCUCGUCUGGCCACUUGCACUAUUAUACAGAUAUUGUGCGAGGAAAUGCAUGUGGUCACAAUCGUUUGCAUGCUGCGAUCUGCAACUCGUUCAGCUGCAUGAAAAGUUGCUCACAGCACCCUUAGAAACUCUGAUUGGUCUGUGGAGUCAGAGAUAGGAAGUGCUGUGAAACGUUUUGCAGAACUUUGGAACUGGUGGCACCAAAUGCUUUUUGGUGCAUUUUCUGGUGGCACAGUCAUUUAGGCACAAAGUGAAGGAUAAAACGACAGAAAGGAAAAGAUGUCUGGACCUCCUCCACCACCCCCUCCUGGCCCUCCUCCAACCUUUGCUGUGGCAAACACAGAGAAACCGAAUCUGAGCAGAUCUCAGCAGCAGGGGAGAAACGCUUUACUAUCAGAUAUCAGCAAAGGCGCUCGAUUGAAGAAAGCAUUGACCAAUGAUCGAAGUGCCCCAGUGCUGGACAAGCCCAAAGGAGGUGGUGGAGGUGGAGGAGGAGGAGGAGGAGGAGGCGGAGCUCCAGCUGGAUUGGGUGGGCUGUUUCAGGGUGGAAUGCCCAGGCUAAGAUCACCAGGAAUCAAAGACAGCAACGUAAAACCACCGAUGCCUUCCACAGGCGGGAGAUUCCCAGCACCCAGUAACUCAGCGGGAAGCAGACCUCCAGUCCUACCACCUGGACGACCUUCAUCUGUCAGGGCUGGACCCCCACCCCUACCUCCCACAGUGCGCUCUUCCCAGCACAGCUCUCCUAGUGGCCCACCACCUCUACCUGGAGGAGGUCGCCCACCAAGUUCCUCACCUGCCAUACAACCCCCUACCCAGCCAGGCAGACGUCCAAAUCUUCCUCCCACCGUGAGGGACUUCCAGUCUUCCUUGUCUCCACCCCCAAUGCCCGCCAGUGCCCGGCCACCAUUACCAACAAUCCCCAACAGGUCAUCGGAUGACUUCCCUCCCCCUCCACCACUCACUGAAGGACAGCACAGCUCUCCUAGUGGCCCACCACCUCUACCUGGAGGAGGUCGCCCACCAAGUUCCUCCCCAGCCGUACAACCCCCUACCCUGCCAGGCAGACGUCCAAGUCUUCCUCCCACCUCGAGGGACUUCCAGUCUUCCUUGCCUCCACCCCCAAUGCCCGCCAGUUCCCGGCCACCAUUACCUACAAUCCCCAACAAGUCAUCGGAUGACUUCCCUCCCCCUCCACCACUCACUGAAGGACGGAGAACGUCGUUUUCACGAAAUGGAUCUCUACCGCCACCACCGCCAUCAACAGAGAGUAAACUAUUAACAUCCUUGUCGCAGAGGCCUAUGGGUAAUCCACCUCCAUCUUUACCUCCAGGACGAGGGGGGCUGCCACCGAUUCCCCCACCCACACAAGAGGAGCCAAACUCUAGAGCCUCUCCAAGAAACAGCCUUCCUCCUCCACCACCACCUGGACGCUCCAGUCCAUUGCCUCCACCGCCCAAUGAGAGGCCACCACCAUCAGGAAGGAGUCCAUCCAUACGGUCAGGCCCUCUUCCACCUCCACCCACUGGAGGAAACAAAGCUGGAGUGUCACCCCCUGUACCUCCUCCUAAUCGGCCAGGUGGAUCAGUCAGACCCCCUCCACCCCCCGACCGGCCCGGAGCAGCUAGCUUCCCUCCCCCAUCUCCCCCUGACAUAAUCAAUGGCUACCCUCCUCCACCUGUCACAGAUGAAUGGGGGAUGAGAUUUUCAUUCCAUCAUCUGUCUGAAUUGCCUCCACCAGAGCCUUAUGUCUCCUUUCAGAAGACUUACCCGAGCAAGUCAGGGGGCAAAGGGGUGAGAGACAGAGGAGCACCACCUUUGCCCCCCAUUCCCAGAUGAAAAGCGUUUGGACGUGCAAUAAUUUUGUUAGUUCACAUCUAGAUCUAAAUGAGCUUGAUUUCACUUAGCUAAAUAGGGAUUUUUUUAAAAAUUUUAUAUAGAUUUUAAACUUUGAAUUGCUGUCUUUGAAGUGAUUAUACAAUAGUGUUUCAUACAUAGAUAUUCUGAGCUACAUCCUUAUAGUAAAAAUGUAUUUCCAUAUACUUUAUAGCUAAUAAAGUCCAUCCUGCCAUCAUGUUGUAUAUCAGAAAGUUUAACAAUCCACAAAUCAACAAACAAUCAACAAAUUUGUUUGUUUUUCUUUUAUAAAAAUUGGAUACUAUA